GUUAACGUGGAGACAGACGCUGAAGGAGGAGCAGAGCAUGGCUGGCCAGGCCAGGCUGGCUGGGCUUAGGCCCACCCUGCUUUAGCCAGAGGGUUCUUCCUUGCUGGCAAGAAUGACCUCGAUUCCAUCAUAGCCCAGGAAACCACAGGAAGGGAAGAUUCGCACUGGGUCCUGGCUGGAGCAGAAGCAUGACUCUGGCAACCUAGAUUUCAUCACAGCUCAGGAAACCGUGGCAAGGGAAGAUUCGCACUGGGUCUUGGAUAGAGCAGCAGCAUGGCUCUUGGCCUUGACAUGGUCCCCAUGAACAUAGAUGCAUCAUUGUUUGACUCUCAAAGCAUCUCCCUUCAUCUGACCAAGCUGAAGAAGCAGGAGCGGUCAGUUGCUGGAUCCCUUUUUUUGCUAGCCUCCUACAUUGUAGGAUCAUUUUCUCAUUUUGUAUUUUCAGGCGUUCCUCCUGUUCUUCAGUACAGGAGAAUCUAGCUUGCAAGGAAGGCAUGGUAUAGGACACCGAGCCAAUGCUUAAGCAAUGCUUAGAAAACAGGAUGGCAGAAGACAUCUCAGUGCUUAUAUCUUGCUCCUGCACCAUUUUUGAGAAGAUGUGUGAGCACCCCGAGUCUUUCUCUAUUGCAACUGUAAGCCCAGGAGCCAUCUGCUAGCAUUGCAUGGUAACAUCACCCAUUGCCCUACAAAGGGUUUUCAUUUUUCCUGAGCAAUAAGGGACGUUCUUUGAUAAUAUCCUGAGCUGCAGCUGAGCACAGCGGUGACAACAAAAGCAAUUCAACUUCUGAAGAGCGAGUUCACUGGAGGGAUGAGUGGUCGGCCACCGCUUGCGGAGAAGGCUUUAUCAGAGGGAUAUGCCCGUCUCCGGUAUAAAGACACCUCCCUCUUGAUCUGGCAACAGCAACAACAGAAACUAGAGAGCCUCCCGCCAGGGACUUACUUGAAUCGGAGCCGCAGCAUGUGGUACUCGCAGUAUGGCAACCAAGCCAUCCUGGUGCGGGACAAAAACAAAUUGGACGUCUCCAGGGACACGGGUCAGUCCAAGUUUUGCAUUGUGAUGUGAUGGCUUCGGCGCAAUGGGUCAGAAAGCCCAGCCACCAGGAGGACCCAUGAUCGUGGGAGCAGUGAAUCUACUGUAGGUGUUACAACUAAUCUCUUCUGGUUGUAUAGGAUCCAUCUGGGUGCUGGACAGAUUCUGCGCCAGGAUAGUUGCCAUACUAUCCAGAACACCCACGGGAAAAGCAGCUAGUAUGGAUUUAUUGCUCUGCAACAGUGGAUCCACUGGUCAGCCUUGCAAGGUACUUUGGAAGCACACUUAACCCAGGCACUGCAGAAAUAAUGCAGUUUGACACCCCUUCAACAAAUCCCAGGAUUCCAUGGAAUAGAGCCAUGGCAGUUAAAAGGGUGUCAAACUACACUAUUUCUGCAGUGCAUAAUGUUUGGUCCUGAAGCGUCCCUGCAUGCUCGAUCCAUUUUUCCCAUCUGUUUUGAUGGGCAUUUGUGCCCACUUUUUUAUUGUUGGCCACGCCAGGUAGAGGCAGUUGUAGCCUGAAAUCUCGUGGGUUGAGGAAAGCCAACGUAAAUGGACAACAGCCCAAACCAAGGGAUGGAUCGAAAGACCCCAUACUCCCCACUCUGACCUCCUCCUUGGCUUAAACCCAGCAGAAGGCAUCCUUUGAACACAAAGGGAGAAAACAUUCCCAGGUGUACAGUUAAUGCCAGCAUGAUCCCUACACAGUCUUCUGCUGCGUGUUGAAGAUGCGAUGUUGUUGCCAGAUGCCAAAAAUGUGUAGUAUUUAUUGCUUUAGUUUUACCAUAACCAACCUGAGCUGGAAUCUCAGAAAUGUAUGGACUUUUCUAGCUACAAACAGGCAUGGGUGGAAUUUGCUAUUCCAUUAAUACUUCUUGUUUGGGAGUGGUUUUUUUUGUUUUUGUUUUUGCUGUUGUGUUGUUUUUAAUGCAUCACAGCCAGAGCUAAUCUGAGGAUGGCUAUAGGAUUUGUGAGCUCCUUGCGAGAUAGGGGCUAUAUAUAUAUAUGUGUGUGUAUAAAACCAGGUUGUUCUAGCAUGUGCAUUACAAAAGUUGCUUUUGUUCCGAAAAAGAAAAAUCAGGUCUUUUGUUCCUUUAUUUUUUUUCCAAACUGUUCUACUUUAAAACAAGAUACAGAGAAAGAGGGAAAAGACCAACAGGGAAGGAGACUAGGAAUAUACAAAUAAAACAUGCUUUAUCUGGAA